CCGCGUCCGUCUCAUCCAGUUUGGUACGAGUGUGGGUUUCUCUCUCUCUACACGGAGCUGGGAGGGAAGCAUCAUCCAUGGCUGUCGCUCUGUCUGGUGCCUUUUCCCGUCUCGCCCUCUCUCCACCUUCUCCUUCUCCACACCAUCAAAAGGUCAUCCUCCAGUGUUCCUCAACAAAACCAGGAGCCCUCUUCCCGUCUUCCUUCCUCGGAAAGCUGAGUGCUGCAUCGCUCUCUGCCGUCGCUUGGGGUUGGGGGUCCUUCCCCUCUUCUUCAUCGCGCAGUCCACCAAGCACCACCGCCUUCAGCGUCACCGCGUAUAACGUGCAGAUAAUGGUGGAGGAGAACGAGCCGGAGGAGGCGCUGCUGCGACGAUUCAGGAGGGAGGUGUCGAGGGCAGGGAUUAUCCAGGAGUGCAAGCGCAGGAGGUUCUUUGAAAACAAGCAGGAGCUGAAGAAGCGGAAGGCCCGAGAGGCUGGAAGGCGCAACCGCCGGAGGCGGUCAACACCAUCAUCCCCGCCAUCUGCAGCAGAUGACUCUGCACGUGCAAAGAAGACUGCAGAUGAAGAAGAUGAUAACUGGGAUCUUCCAGAAGGAGAUCUUCCUUUCUGACUGAUGAAUUUUCGAAUGCCGUAGUCCUCUUUUCGAAUGACGAGCUGUGAGCAGGGACAGUGUUUGUACUCCAAUUAUAGAGGCAUGUUAACUUGUUGAAGAGACUGUUUUCACUUUUGUAUUGAAUGAAAAGCUAUCACCUCAUACUUUUUUGGUUUUA